AUGUGGGGAUCAGUGUGUGCUGAUCCAAACUGGGAUUACAAGGAGGCAAAUGUCACCUGCAGAAUGCUUGGACACAGUGAUGGCCAACCAAGACGUGAAAGAAAUAAAUACGGCUAUUCUACGUACCCAGUAUGGAUGAAUCACGUUUAUUGUAAUGGUACAGAGGAACACCUGGCAAACUGCUCAUUUAGUGGAUGGGCAUUUUCGGAUUCAUGCUAUUUUCCAGCUGGUGUUUUCUGUUAUAACAUCACAGAUUCCAGUGACAUUGCUGUCAGACUGGAGGGCGGACCAGACACCAAUGUCGGACGGGUGGCGGUGUUCUAUAGUGGUAUGUGGGGAGCAGUGUGUGCCGAUCCCAACUGGGCUGACAAGGAGGCAAUUGUCACCUGCAGAAUGCUUGGACACAGGUAA